AUGGGCGUCCUGAGCCCUCCAACCUCCGGUUUUCAGGCCUCUCCCGCCGACAAAACCCCGUCGCCAACGUCCCAAUCUAACCUCCUGCCCCAGCCCCUUGUGUCGCCAACCCACAGCAAUGGCAGCAUGAGUGUCGCGUCCAUCGUUUCGCCCACCAACACCGGCAACAUGGGCCGCUUCGAUCGUCCGCAGUCUCUCGACUCGGGCCCGAACAGUGCGACCUUUCUAAAUGGCGAUCCCGCCGAGUCGCUGUCACGACGUGAGAGCGUCGACAGUCGAAUCAACCAAGGAUUCAACGAUAUGAGGCUGGGCAAUUCGCCCUAUGCGAGCCACAACCAAUCCACGACCUCGAUUCACACUACCUUGCAGCAACAGAGGAACCCACGCUCGGGGCUUGACAGCCUUUCCAUCCAUCGCAUCUCCAACGGCUACCAGCCAAGCGCCGAGCGAAACCCCGAAGGCCAUCAUCCCAAGACGAUGAGGAUUGCCCCUGCCAUCACCGGGCCAGCCACCAGCACGAUUGCGCGCGCGGCCGAGCCGACCAAGGGCCAAGCAUGGGCCUUCCCGGAAGAAGAGAUUCAUAGAUUGCCCUCUACCGCCAGCCAGUCGCUGAUCGAUUCGAGACGAAGCAGCAUUGCUGAGUCACUAGCUAGUAGCCAGUUCACGACCGAGUCUCGGCUUCCUCCAGGUCAACGCCGGCUAGAGGAAAGUGGAAGCGGAUUCUCGAAUGUGCACCACCAUUCUUUGCAGCACAAGCAAGUAGGCGAUUUGCGGAACGGAGAAUCAAGCUCUCAAACGAGCUCGCAACCAUAUAGUCGCACUCCAGAACUCCGCAUCAGCCACAAGCUUGCCGAACGGAAGCGGCGCACUGAGAUGAAAGAAUUGUUCGAGCAACUUCGGGAUCUAAUGCCCCAAGAGCGAGGCUCUAAAGCCUCGAAAUGGGAGAUCCUUACCAAAGCUAUCCAAGAGCACCACCGACAGAACGAGCUCAUCCGGCAGCUCCAAGCUCACGCCGCUACACAACAGGCCGAAAUCGAGAUGCUCAAGCGUGAGCUCCACGAGUGCAGGAUGAACAGCAGGCCACCCCAGCCUCACCAACCGGCCCCGGAUCACCAUCAUCCAUACGGUACCGAUCAGUAUGGCCGGCCAAGGCAACCGGAAUUGCCACCACUGCGUUCUGCUCUUCAGGGCGCCUCGGCUCCGCCAGUUGGUGGGCCGGACUCAAUGACUGGGGUUCAGUAUGAGCCACCAAGGGUCAAUGGAUAUCGCCCUCCUGAACCAACGCGAUUCUGA